AAAUUUAGAUAAUAUCAUAUAGUUAUAAUUGUUCGCUCAUAAACUAUUAGUGACGCUAGAAAUAUUUAUGAAUGGAUGCCAAUUCAACUACUAGCCCACAAUAUGCGACUUCAGUGACACAACAAUUCAGCAAUUCCAGUUCAACCAACUCACAUGACUUAGGUGCAAAUGUUGGGAAAAUUAUAUUCUUGGCGAUUGUCGCAAUAUUUGGAACGUUGGGAAAUAUUUUAGUUAUAGUUACCAUACGGAAGGAAAAGAAACUUCGAAUUCCAGGCAACUACUUCAUAAUUAAUUUGACUGUAUCGGACAUCAUUAUAACUGCAUUUAGCAUUCCUGCAAUUAUAUAUAAUUUAAGCAGUGAAUUGGCCGGUGAUUAUAUUGAUUAUGUUGAAAGUACUGCGUUUUGUCAAUCUUCGGCGUAUGUGAAGAUCAUCGCCCUUCACGUAUCAUGGUACAGUCUAGCAUUCAUCGCUUUGAAUCGUUAUUACACUGUGUGUCGCAUGGACGAAUAUGCAAAUCAUUUUAAAAAGAAACGAGUCCUUAUCACGAUAAUACUAAUUUGGUUAUGGAUUGUUCUCAUCAAUAUUCCUAUUAUGGUCGGAUGGGCUGUGCCAAACAACAAAGAGCUAAAGGAAAAUUCCACAGAAGGUUAUUAUUUUUCAUAUCCGAGAAGUGGUCCACCGGUAGUAUAUGAUCAGUCAACACACGAUUGUAUGGUAGGCGUAAAGAACCAUGGCGGAUAUACUUAUGCAAACGGAUUUUUUGUGAUGUGUAUUCCAUUGCUUGCUAUUGUUUUUUGUUACGCGCUGGUUUAUAUGGAAAUUGUUCAAAGUCGAAGGAGAAUGAAAGGCGCCUUGGAUGCUAAACAGCUCAAAAAACGAUACAAGAAAGAAAGAAAAAUAUCACUUAUGCUGGCAAUUGUAGUGAUUGUGUUCAUAUUAUGUUGGGCUCCAGCUAUUAUAUAUGAUUACACUUCGACCAUUGACGAAUGGAAGUCAGGUGAAUCGUCUGUACGAUUGGUGGUAAAUUGGAUAGCCUUAUGUAACAGCGCAAUGAAUCCUGCCCUGUAUGCUUUAUUGAGCAAAGCUUUUCGCCAGGGAUAUUUGAAAGUGUUAUUCAGAAUCUUACGGACCAUAUUAUGUAGAGGUUGCGUAUGUAGGAAAUUGUUGAACAACAAACUUCAUAAUUACAGUCUCAGUUCCAGUAGGACAUUUCCAACGAAAAGCAGUCGCGAAAUCAUAGGUAAAGACAGAUUGAGGCUGCGAAGUCUGGCGACAUCAAAUUUUAUUUUAAGUGGACGAGCUUCUAUCGGCAGUGAAUUGCCAGUUUCUACACUUGGCAUACCAGAAACAAAGCUUCAAACACGGAGAAGGCAGAAUCAAAAAGGGAAGAGAUGGAAGCGAAUUUCACGGGCCGUUAGCGCCGAAAUAUUGCCACCGCAAGGAGUUGUAGAAUCAAGAGUCAGCGUUAUGUUCACUCCUCCAUCAAUAGAUGAAACUGUCGAAGGAGGCGCUCAGAAUUCAGUUGUUGCGCAAACUUCUAAAGCUGAUACUCCCAAAUGCGAUUCUAGUGCGAAUGGAAAUUCUAAAAACAAAAUGUCGCUUUUACAAAGUAUAUCUAUAAACGUUUCUGUUGAUAACGGCUUGAACGGAGAUGAAAAACCGGUUUCGCCGACGAAAAAAAAAUUUGUUCCACUGUUAGAGCAAUUAGAAAAAGAUAGUGAUAUGUUUACAGAACAGGGUAUUUACAUCGGAGAAACCAGCCCAAAACGUAAAUUUCCGUCGGUUUCAAAAGAAAAUUCACAGAUUAAACAAAACAAAGGAUCUAUAGAUGAAUCUUAGGAAAAUAUAAAAAA